AUGGCGCCUGAGGAUGGUGGACCACUACCAGCUCCUCAUUCGCUACCCGUGUCCUAUGAAAACACUCUACUUCCAUCCGAGAUACCAAGUACGGGAAGGAAUUACUAUACUACUAAUGACCCACAAAUCACAGGUAUUAAAGAAAUGAAGCGGCGCUAUGAAGCAGAUCCCCGUCUUGCCACUGUGGAUCCUCGUCAGCGACACAUGAAACCCCCGCGCUGGUCGCGACUACGUCCAAGGAGGCAUCUCGAGCAAAUCUUCUAUAAAUACGACGAAUACUCCGUCGGACCUCCUCCCCCUCGCGAAAUUGUCAUUCGCGGAUUAUCACCGCUUACAAGCCCUGCCACUGUUCUCCAACAGUGCCGCAUGCAUGGGAAAGUCGAAGCUAGCGAGCUGAAAAUGGAUCCGCAGACGGGUGAAAGUAUCGGCAUCAUGUGGAUCUCCUUCGCAUCUAGUACUCAGAGUGAUGCACACGAGUCAGCACAGCAAGCCAAGCGCACGCUCGAUGGACAACGGGUCGGACCCUCCCUUGUGCAUAUUGUUCUAGAUCAUGAGCGGAAAAACUAUGUGCAACAGUACCGUGCGCUUUUAAAAAAGAGGUACGAACGAAAACACGAAGAACGUGUCAAAGCACGAGAGCGUGAGAGGCAACAACGUCGCGAACGUCAUGAUCAGGAACAAAAGAUGGCUAAAGAGGCUCGGAAUGCUUUACCCCGCCCAUCUAGAUGGGGUCAGAAGCGUGACGAUGUGUCUCCCACAAUUGCACGGCAUCUAGUAGCCUUGGGGCACCCCUACAUUCAUAUCCCCCGCAUGCCUUCUAGCGCUUUGGAUGCGCGUGAUAUUCGCACGCAUUUCUCAUCGUUCUCACCUGUAUUUGUUGAACAAGAUAUCCAUGGAUGGUACGUCGGAUUUGACCGGCAUGACUCAGCCUUACGCUGUAAAUUGGUACUCGAGACAGGGACACUACAUGGUUACCGGCUGCACUUUGAAGUUCGCGAGCCAAAAGAGCUUAAGAUCAGCUCUUCUGCAAACGAGGCAUCUUCCUCUUUGAAAGCACCCAAGCAGGAUCCUCCUCCUUCCAAAAAAAUAUGGACGCCAGACGAACUGAUUCAAGAAGCCACGUCUCGUAUCCUGUCUAAUUUCACUAAAAUGUUUCUGCGUGACAUAAAAACACGCACAGUUAUACCACAUGUGUCACAAUACUUACGUGCCGAUGGAAAGGGCGGCAUGAUCAUUGCGAACCAAAAGGCACAGCUCAUGGCGCGCUCAGCCACUCAAGCGGGGUAUAUUCCUUCAUUUCGUCGUCUUGAUGCUAUCCCGAAACGUGUAACAGUUCAGAGCGCAGCAUCGAGAAACUUACCCUCUCCCACUCAUUCCAGUCAGCAGCUGGAUCCGUUCGCAGCGGGACUUGUUCAGGACGAUGAAGAGCUGUAUUACUUGGGACAAGUCUUGCAAAAUGCACCAUUGGCACCAUCGGAACGCGAAGAACCUGCUCAUGAAGCAGGAAGCGCACGGGCCCAAGGAUUCUACCGGAUUCCUGCUGCCGAAAAGGCCGUUCACUUGGCAGAUCGGAAUCGGGCUGCAGUUACAGAGACAACCACCACGCACUCUUUAGCUUCUGCAAGGAAUAAUCGUGCUGACACACGACGUCUUGCGCUUGACAUUGAACAGAGUCGGCGGGAGACUCAGGCUGAUACGGAUCUUUUGCAUAUUAAUCAACUCCAAACACGCAAAAAACAGUUGCGCUUUGCUAAAAGUCCGAUCCAUGACUGGGGCUUGUAUGCCAUGGAGCUUAUACCCGCGGGUGAUAUGGUGAUUGAAUAUGUGGGCGAAAUUGUGCGCCAGCAAGUGGCUGACCACCGCGAAAAAAUGUACGAAAGGGCAGGUAAUUUCAGCACCUAUCUUUUCCGUGUCGACGAUGAUAUUGUCAUUGACGCAACACGCAAAGGAAAUAUUGCUAGACUGAUGAACCAUUGCUGUACGCCAAAUUGCACGGCAAAAAUCCUCACGGUACAGGGUGAAAAACGCGUCGUAAUUUUCGCCAAGCAAGUUAUCUUACCUGGCCAAGAACUCACCUAUGACUACAAGUUCCAAGCCGCCGAAGAUGAUGCAGAUGCAAUCCCCUGUCUUUGUGGCUCACCAGCCUGUCGGAAAUUCUUGUAG